GUUAAGAACCAGGGCAGAUGGUUACAACACUUUUUCGAUGAUGUUUCAAAUAUCUACACAUCGACAAAGGAUAACAACUUGAAUUUUAUUAUUGUGGACUAUGACAGCAACGACAUUGAUGUAGAAACAGCACUAAAGCGAAGCCCUUUACCAAAGUAUCAAAUUAUUACUAAGAAAGGAAAAUUUAGAAAAACAGCAGCUAUUCAAUCUGCGCUGGACGCAAUUGAUGAUCCAAACAGCAUCGUUUUAACACUGGAUCUGCAUUUGGAAAUACCUGUUAAUUUUUUCCAGUCUAUCCGAAAGCAUUGUAUUAAGGGCAGAAUGGCGUUUGCACCUUUAGUUUUACGACUUAACUGUGGAGCAUCACCAGACCGCCCAAACGGUAGAUUUUGGGAGCCAGAAGGUUUUGGUCUACUUGGUAUGUAUAAAUCAGACUUUGACAGAAUUGGAGGAAUGAAUACUAAAGAUUUUGGUGAAGGCUGGGGUGGUGAAGAUACAGAAACCCUAGAUCGAAUCCUUCAGCAGCAAAUAGAAGUAGAAAGAAUUCGAGCACCAAAAUUUUUCCAUUUUUAUCAUUCAAAGAAAGGUUUAUGGAAUUUUGACGAGAUUAGUGGAAAAAAGAAGCAUGUUCGCGUCAGAAUUAUCAAGAGGAUUAUCGUUAAAAGGGGCAAUAAAAUUAUUCGUGUCGUAAACAUGCCAAGUUGA